AUGAAGUUGGCGCCUGCGAGUGCGGGUGCCGUCACCUUGCUGUCGCAGACCGGCGUGGGGCGUCCACUCCUACUGUGGCGAACUGCACGGCGAGCAAUGGACGCAGCAGCCCCACAACGCCUGCACUGCCUCCGCUACCGGCUGACGCGUGCCUUUGAUUGGAGAGGGGUGGUCGCGAGGCACACUUUCGCCCCGUGGGAGGGGAGAGGGGGGCUUGGGGCGUAUCGCCGCUUGAUUUGGUGGAGGUGUCUCUGUGACACGAGAGAGACGUCCGUGGCUAUCCGCGUCAGCGGACCACGUGCACCAAUGCUGGGCAGCGUGCCCAUCGCAUUACUGUUUGAAUUGGCGUCCUAA